UUCCUCAUUCAGUCGGAGGGAUUAUUUCGGUGCGUAAAGAACGGCAAAUGAUGUGGCUUUAUAGGCUUGUGCUUGCUUUUAUAUUGGCUACAGUAACAGUAAAUGGAAAUUACAUUGUCAGCAAUAAUUCGACGCAAUGGGAUAUGGUAACGUGCAAACUGGCAGAACCAAAUCUGACUUACAACAAUACAAAAUAUAAAGUUGACCCAAUAAUUGUGGAACAUUUACACGGUGGUGAUGUUUGGAUCGGAUAUCAGCUCGCAAAGAUGCCAUUUCUAUUCAUAGGUUGCGGAAGAUCGAAUACCGGAAAAACAAACAAUAUCACGACUAUCGGUGAUUGUUUUCACAUCUGUGAUGGUGGAACAUUCGGAAUAAAAACUAACCGCGGUGAAGAUAUUUUAUCGAACAAUACUACCAAGGCAUGUAAAUGUGUAACAUCUCCUGAUCCUUACAAUGGGACUCAACACGGAUUUUGUGACGGAAAUGAUAGUUUUGCACUAUUCAUUCCGAUUAAGGGUAAGGUCAAACACUACUGCGGAAUCUUUCUGGGUAAUUCAACGAGUGAAAAAAAUACUUGGAGUGCUGCCAACAGCAAUUGUUUGAAACUGAACUAUCACCCAGCAUCAAUUGAAAGCAUUAGAAAUAGUAAAUUCAACGAUACACACAAGCAAAAUUAUUGGACAGGCAUUUUUCGAUCAACCGCCAUCAUUAAAUCAACGCGUGCUGACACAUUUACAAUUAACCCAGUGCAACAAUUUGCGUUUUUGAGAAAUGGAAGUCGUGUUUUGAAAUUCGCAAGCGAUGAUGUGAACAAACCAGCUCUUUGUAUACAAGAUGUAGUUUCAACGACAGAGGAAUCGAUCUCAAAAGAGUUUACAGUAGGAGUUGGCAUCGGCGUUGCAGUUGGAAUUCUGUGUAUAGUAGGGGCAGUCAUUGUCGUCAUUGUACUAAUUAGAAGGGGAGUUUGGUCGUGUAAAUUGGGUACGAAAAAGGACGAACCUAAUGCCGGAAACCUCGCGUUUGCAAGCAGAUCGUAUGAAGAAACCGUUGGUAAUCAUAACUAUUUUAUAUUAGAGAAACAGGCACAAUCAUUUGAAGGCAAUAAGGAUCAUUAUAGCACAUCAGAUGAACCAAAUGUGGUCAAUCGUGAGACCGACCAUUACAGUUCAAUAGAGGAACCUUAUCAAACUGUGAAAGAUGAUUACGACUACACAACCAAUGCCUUAAGAAAUGGACCCAAUACCAGAAAACCGUACGAUAUUUAUAACAAACUCAAGACAGACCGACCGGGAGACCUGCCGGGAGACUAUGACCACAUAGGAAGACUCGGGAAUAACAUGCCCCAACCAGGCAGCGACUAUGAUACAUCUGCUUUUGCGCAAAAGAUCGCUGGUGGUGACGACUAUAACCAUAUCCCACUACGAGUUAGUGAAUAAUUUACACGAUGGAAUCAAACAAAGACUUUGUACAUGGGGACUAUGACGCUAUCAAUGGAAUGAAGGCAAAGCUUCCAUCUAGCGAAGCGACGGGAUAUGCUCAAAUAAAAAUAUAGAUUUGAAUUAAGUGAAUAAGUGAUUGCAUGAUUAAAAUCACACAACGUUGUGGGGUGCAUAUUUUAUGACCAAAACGAAAAAUGUAAAUAGGUGUAGCCCUUAUAAUACGUGUUAAUAUAUUUGUUCCUAAUUAUGCGAUGUAAUACCUACUAGAUUCAUAUAAAAAUAUAUACACUUGAUACUAAAUAUGACACGCUUACUUUAUUGUUAAUAAUAAUAAAAAUAUUAAGCAUAGGCAUGUAUGUGUAACUUAUGAAUGUUUCAAACAUGUAUUUGUAUAGUAGAUUCCGAACAUAUUUAAAUCUCACCCAGUCCACUCAAAGCUUGCGUCAAACUAAGCAGAGUGUGGACAAAUUAUGAAUAAGGUAGCAAAAUUUUGAAUUAAAAUGUGACACUGAAUGCAGUACAACUGCACGCCUAGUAUUCAAAUCUAAUAAAACGAGGACAUAUAGUGUUUCUUGCAUGUUAGCUAACAGUUCUUCGUUUACGUUUAUAAAAAACAGUAAUUUCUUAGAGUAAUCUAAGAUAUGUUUGUGUUGCGGAUCAUUAAUGUAGUCAAAAA